GUGUAAACGGCCUCUAUAAGCGUAGCUACAAGAGAAUGUUGUUCUGCAAGGGUCAAAGCAAAACUGAUUGAAGCCAAUUGCGACAAGCACGCCCCGCGUACAUCAAAUAGAGGCAAACACAAAGAUGUGGCGUGCGUUGAUGUCCAGCCGAUUUGCGUCGUGGGUCGUGGGCAAGGUCAGUCUGCCCAAAGAGCGGCAAUUGCAGCACGAGCUCGACCUGCAGCGCCUGUACAUCCUCACGCACCUAGCGCGAGCCGGAGCCGCCGGGAAACAGGUCAACUUGCAGGCGCUUAUGCUCAAGAGCCAGUCCCUGGAGCCGCCUGUCAUCCGGGCGGAGGUGGAGGCGGCCCUGACGGCGCAGGUGGUGGCGGUGGCGGAGGCGCUGCACCAGGAGCUGAAGCAGGCAGGCGACCCGGCACUGGCGGCGGAGGGCAUGGCGGCGGCGGCGGCUGAGAUUCAGCGCCGCAAGGCACGUGACGCGUCCGGAUUCAGCAAGCUGAUCAAGGGUCUGCGCGGAGACAACAAAGCCGGCGGUGGCAGCGGCAGUGGCAGUGGCAGCAGUGGUGGCGGCAGCAGCAGGGGCGCGCCGGUGGCCUGUGGAGCGGAGGGGACGGGCGCGGCGGGCCCCGGCCCGAGCAGUAGCGGCAACAGUGGCGGCAGUGGCGGCAGCUGGCGGGUAAUGAGUCAGUCAGCGCUGGCGGCGGCGUUGCAGCGGCGCGGCGGGUUCUCGCUGUCACUGCGCCCGUCGUCGGUGCCACAUCCCGAGGCGGGCGUGGGCGUGUUCUUGGAAGGCGAGGCGCGGGCGGGCACUGUGGUGGCCGUAUUCCCGGGGGUGCUGUACGGCCGCACACAGCUGGCGCACAUGCCCAAUUUCCCGAAGGUGGACACAGACAACCCCUACCUCAGCUGCCGGUACGACCAGAGCAUUGUGGACUCCAAGCCCUGGGGCCGCGGCGACCCGGGAGGCAGCAGCAGCAGCAGCAGUAGUGGCAGUGGGCGCAGCAGUAGCAGCGAGAAUUGGCAAGCGACGGCGGCGCCUGCCGCGGCGACAGCAGGCGGCGGUGGCACGUGGUGGGGUUGGGCCGGGCCGCUGUCUGCCGCCCUGACCUACCUCGAGGGCCGUCACCCGCUGGCGCUGGGGCAUUACGUCAACCACCCGGGGCAGGGCCAGUCGCCCAAUGUGUUGGAGGCGCCACUCGACAUCCCGCUGGAUCACCCGCUACUAGCCUUGUUGACUUGCUCCGCCUUGGUCUCCUCAGCCUCGCGCCCCUGGCUGCGAGCCUACCUGCCCUGCCUCCAGCCGCCACUCCACUACGACCCAUUCAAUAAGGCCGCCGGGAACGACGCCGACGAAGGCGACGACGAGGAGGACGAAGACGACGAGGAGGAGGACGACAGGGCGAAGCGGGCCGCCGUAGCAGCGGGCGGCGAUGGUGGCAGUGGUGCUGUGCCGGAGCGGCCGCGCGCCCCCGGGGAGCUGCGGCGGCGGCAGCUGUUGGAGCCACCGGGUGGCGUGGUCCGGCUGCUGGUGCUGGUGGCGACAAGGGGGCUCAAGGAUGGCGAGGAGCUGUUGCAGAACUACCGGAUGAACCCACACGUGCGCCGGCCCGACUGGUAUGUGGUGCACGACGCGGAGGCGGAGGAGCGGCGCUGGGCCAAGAUCCGGGCCCUGGAUCUAGGAUUCAAGGGGGGCAAGACUGCGGCUGCUGCUGGCGCUGCUGGAUCCACGGGCUCUGGCGGCUCGGGCAGUCAAGGCUCGGGGCCGGCCAGCCCUGCAGGUUGAGCUGGGCCGUGGUGUGGGGGCCUGUCAACGGGCCUGUCGCACACCAGGCCUGUAGGGCUUCGCGACGGGCGCUUGCAGUCAUGGUGGAGGUCACGAUGCUGCUUUGGCAGGUCGCGGAGGUCGCAGGAACGCGCACGGAGGACGAGCUGUGUGGGAGGCAAGGAGGUUCGGGCUCGAGGUUCGGCGGGCUGUCUGUCGUGUGCAAGAUCCAGCCGAUGAGGAUUGACCAACUGCUUUCAUAAAAACAAGCAUUCUGAUACUGCUACUACAUGCUCGUUGUAAAGCUCCUGGCGU